UACGAGGGUUGUUAGGAGUGUUAAAGAGAGAAUAUAUUUGAAGUGCUUGCCAUGCAUACUGGCUGAGUUACUUUUCCUCUCCAGCUCUAUUGAAGUAUAAUCGACUGGAUUACUAUUCAUCUAAGAAGCUUCCUAGUUGGCUGAGCCCCGAGAAAGGCGUGAAGGGAUCUGGAACUCAUUCUCCCGGAGGAUUUCCUGGUCCCCCAACAAUGAAUCAAAGACAAGUCCAACUGGUCCUUCAGCACCGAGGAUAAAUAGGAUAAGCAGGAGCGGCGGAGCCCUGACUUUCACCGAGUUUCUCCCUUCCUGUCCUCACGCCCCAGGAGGCGACUCGGAAGGGAUUUCAACAGCAACAGCCGCCUUUAGCGAGGCCGACUCCACAGUCAAAAAGGAGAGGAAGUUUCUCCGAACAGGCAAUUCUCCGAACAGGGGUGCGAGGUAGCACCGCUUUCCGCGCAGGUGCGUUCGGUCGCCACCCAUCGCGAUAGACGAGAGAGAUCGGCACUGGCCCUUUAACAGCCCCUUCCUGGAGGCCUGCCCCGCGCGUGCGCACUGUGGUUCUGCGCUUGUCAUCAUGGCGACACGGGGCCAUGUGCAGGACCCUAACGACAGGCGCCUCCGGCCCAUUUACGAUUAUCUUGAUAAUGGUAAUAAUAAAAUGGCGAUUCAACAAGCAGAUAAAUUAUUGAAGAAACAUAAGGAUCUUCAUUGUGCUAAGGUGUUAAAGGCCAUUGGAUUACAGAGAACUGGGAAGCAAGAGGAAGCCUUUACCUUGGCACAGGAGGUGGCAGCCCUUGAACCCACAGAUGAUAACUCGCUGCAGGCACUGACUAUUCUUUACCGGGAGAUGCAUCGUCCGGAGUUAGUUACAAAACUUUAUGAAGCAGCUGUGAAGAAAGUUCCUAGUAGUGAGGAAUAUCACUCUCACCUCUUCAUGGCCUAUGCCAGAGUGGGCGAAUACAAGAAAAUGCAACAGGCUGGCAUGACUCUAUAUAAGAUUGUCCCCAAAAACCCUUACUACUUUUGGUCUGUGAUGAGCUUAAUUAUGCAAUCUAUAUCAGCACAGGAUGAAAAUCUCUCAAAAACAAUGUUUCUGCCCCUUGCUGAGAGAAUGGUAGAAAAAAUGGUGAAAGAGGACAAGAUAGAAGCAGAGGCUGAAGUUGAACUUUAUUAUAUGAUCCUGGAGCGUUUGGGAAAGUACCAGGAAGCCUUAGAUGUCAUCAGAGGAAAAUUAGGAGAGAAGUUGACUAGUGAGAUUCAGAGUCGGGAAAAUAAAUGCAUGGCUAUGUACAAGAAGCUGAGCAGGUGGCCAGAGUGCAACGCCCUUUCCCGGCGCCUCUUAUUGAAAAACUCAGAUGACUGGCAAUUCUAUCUGACUUAUUUCGAUUCUAAUAUGCUUACAGCUCUUUUAUUCCAUUUCUCUUUAGAAGGAGAAGUACAUUAUUCUGCAGAAGAAGCUGUGAAGUUUAUAGAAGAUCGGAUAACAGAAGAAUCUAAAAGUUCUCGUCAUCUUCGAGGACCACAUCUAGCUAAACUGGAGCUGAUUAGACGUUUACGACGUCAAGGUUUUAAUGAUGAGUACAAACUGGGUGACCCAGAAGAAUUAAUGUUUCAGUAUUUUAAAAAGUUUGGGGAUAAACCUUGCUGUUUUACAGACCUCAAGGUGUUUGUUGAUCUCUUGCCUGCUGCACAGUGUACAAAGUUUAUUAAUCAGUUACUUGGAGUUGUUCCUUUGUCGACACCAACAGAGGAUAAGCUGGCACUGCCUGCUGACAUCAGAGCUCUGCAGCAGCAUUUGUGUGUGGUGCAGCUGACGAGGUUACUAGGCUUGUACCACACGAUGGAUAAAAAUCAGAAAUUGAGUGUGGUCCGAGAACUGAUGUUAAGAUACCAGCAUGGACUAGAAUUUGGGAAAUCCUGUUUGAAAACCGAAUUGCAGUUUUCAGACUAUUACUGUCUCCUUGCUGUCCAUGUGCUUAUUGAUAUAUGGAGAGAAACAGGUGACGAGACUGCUGUGUGGCAGGCCUUGACUUUGCUGGAAGAGGGAUUAAUCCAUAGCCCUUCCAAUGCUCAAUUCAAAUUGCUGCUUGUUCGAAUCUACUGUAUGCUGGGAGCAUUUGAACCUGUGUUGGAUCUGUACUCCAGCCUUGAUGCUAAGCAUAUCCAGCAUGAUACCAUUGGUUAUCUUUUGACCCGAUACGCUGAAUCCCUAGGUCAGUAUGCUGCUGCAUCCCAAUCCUGUAACUUCGCACUCAGGUUUUUCCACUCCAACCAGAAAGAUACCUCAGAAUAUAUUAUUCAAGCUUACAAAUAUGGUGCAUUUGAGAAGAUCCCAGAGUUUAUCGCUUUUAGGAACAGGCUGAAUAAUUCUCUUCAUUUUGCACAAGUCCGUACUGAACGGAUGUUGUUAGACCUUCUACUUGAAGCAAAUAUAUCAAUCAGCUUAGCAGAAAGUAUAAAGUCGAUGAAUCUUCGGCCAGAAGAAGUACGGAUCAGAAAAUAUAGGCAACAAACACAUUUAGUAAAAGGGAUGGUUUGGGGAUUUUUUUAAAGGGAUGUUUCUGAAGAGCAUAAGAAACUUUCCUUGGAGGAGGAGACCAUGUGGUUAAGAAUCCGUUCCUUAACAUUGAGGCUGAUCAGUGGACUCCCAAGUCUUAACCACCCUGUGGAACCAAAGAACUCGGAGAAGACCACUGAGAACGGUGUAGCCUCCAGGGUUGAUAUUCUUCGUUUGCUCCUUCAACAGCUGGAGUUGGCCCUGGAGACAGGAAAGCGAUUUAUUGAGAAGGAAAUUCAGUAUCCUUUCCUUGGUCCUGUGCCUACCAGAAUGGGUGGAUUCCUUAAUUCUGGCUGUUCUCAGUGUCAGACCAGUUCUUUUUAUCUUGUUUGUGAUAUUUAUGAGCUGGAUACCAAUGGUUUAGAGGAUACAGUAGAGAUCCAGGAGCGAGUAGAGAAUAUUCUUAAGUCUUUACUAGAACAGUUAAAAGAUGUCUUCAGUAAAUGUAAAGGUGAUCUGUUAGAAAUUAAAGAUGGUAACUUGAAAACACACCCUACUCUUUUAGAAAAUCUAGUCUUCUUUGUUGAGACUAUUUCUAUUAUUCUGUGGGUGUCCAGUUACUGUGAGAGUGUCCUGCGACCAUACAAAUUAAAUUUACAGAAGAAGAAAAAGAAGAAAAAAGAAACCAGCAUCAUCAUGCCACCCGUCUUUACCAGUUUUCAAGACUAUGUUACUGGGCUUCAGACUUUAAUUUCCAAUGUUGUGGAUCAUAUUAAAGGGCUUGAAACACAUCUAAUUGCACUUAAACUUGAAGAACUUAUUUUAGAAGACACUUCUCUCUCAUUGGAAGAGAGAAAGUUUUCAAAGACUGUGCAAGGGAAGGUGCAAAGCAGUUAUCUGCACUCACUUCUGGAAAUCGGGGAGCUGCUGAAAAAAAGACUUGAGACCACAAAGAAACUAAAAAUUUAAGGAAGUGUGAACCAUAGGCACUGAUGACGCUAUGGCAGAAAAUAUCAUCUUCCCAGGCAAAAAUCUUUAUGGUUGACCAUCAUUUGAAUCCAGAACUUCCUCAUAAAAUGCAUGAAGGACUUUGAUCGUGAAUUAAUUUUUUAGGUAUUAAAUGUAUACAACUGAUUAAAUUAUUGUACAUAUA